AUGGAGCUCAACAGGGCGGAUGAAAACCCGUUGGUCCCUCCUUGCAACAUCCCUCCUGCUUCGUGUCCCCUCAGUCUUCCCUUCCUCAGCCUUUCCUUUGCCACCCAUUCCUCCUCCCCAGCGCCCUAUGAGCAGCUGAGCCCGGGGGGCGGGGGAGGGGACCCACGCCGCCGGCGAGCGGGAGGGGCGGGGCGAGGCGGCGGGGCCCCUCCCCACUGUGGCCUGGCGCGCGCGGGCCUCGUCUGCCUUGUGCCUGGGCCUAGCCGGCCGCGCUUCAGCACCCUCAGAGCCGAACAGCGCCUGCUGCACCUAGCUGACCGCCGCGGUCGCAGUCGUGAGUCCUGCCGCCGCCGCCCUCAUCUCCUUCCCCGGGGCCCCGCGGAGCUGGAACUGGCGUUAGAGGAGCUGGCGUUGCUGGCGGCCGGGGAACGGCCGUCUGACCCGGGGGAGCAUCCUCAGGACAGGCCCGGGCCUCUAGCCGAGGUGGCCGGACUGCAGCCGCCGCCGCCGCCCGCCCAGGAUCCCGAGCUGCUGUCGGUGAUCCGGCAGAAGGAUCUUGUGUUGGCGGCCCUAGUGGGCAAGGCACUGCUCGAGAGGAACCAGAACAUGAGCCGGCAGUACGAGCAGAUGCACAAGGAGCUGACAGAUAAGCUGGAGAUGAGGACGUCCCUCCGGGGAUGGGUGGAGGGCGGGAAAGGGACAGGUACCGGCCUGCCAGCCCAUGGUAGCUUCGGAAGCCACUCACCUACCUCACCCCACCUCACCCCUUCGUUGCUCAUCCUACCUCGCAGAAAACCGCCUGGAAGGGAGGUGGAAUGGGGGUUAUGGAUUAUCAGACGAGGUCAUUCAUGGAACCCACCUAACUUUCCCACCCUGCUCAGCAAAUGAGUCCAUGCAGGGCUCCAACCGCCGUGGGCCGUUCUCUAUAGCAACUGGAACAAGAGAAACGUGAAGUAAGACGAUUUGAGAACCAAGAAGGGGAGUGGGAAGGAUGCGAAGCUGAGCUGGAGAAUGAUGUGAAAGAGCUUCAGGAUGAGUUGGAGAGGCAGCAAGUUCAUCUAUGGGAAGUAGAUGGAGAACAAACACAGGCUGUCCAGGAAUUAUCAGAACAGAACCAAAGGUU